AUCCCUUUUUGACCAUGCACAGUAAUUCCUGAAUCCUGGUUUGUGUAUGACGUUCAGAUAUAGGCGCUGAGCAUCCAUAAUUUACAAUAUUUCCCUCUACAAUGAUUAACUGUACAUGAGACAUUUCUCUCUCUGUGUGUUUAGGCUCCUGUUACUGUUAAGAUCACAUACAAUACACAUCACUGUGUUUGUCAGUAAAGAAGAAACAUUAUAAGAAUAUAUGACAAAUUCAGUUGCUGAACAAGACAAUGUCUGACAAGACCGAGACCCAAACCUCAGACCUUCCUGAUGCACACGGAGGGCGUCUAGAGGAAAAUCCGGGCACUGGGCUAUUAAAUGUGAAGGAAGAGGAUGAGACAGAUGACAUGAAUAGUCAUCAGACUGAAAUACAUUGGUCCCUCCCUGCCGACGCAGAUAACACUGAUAUAGUGAAAGUUGAGAUAACAGAAGAUCUGUGUUUGAAGCAUGAGCUGGAAGCAUCAGAUGAGGAAACCAGUGACGGCAUCAGCUCAGGCCGUUUGGAUGUGAUGCCUUCAGGUGGCUCGACAGUUGAGGACGGAGGAAAACCAUAUGUGUGUGGUCAUGUGAAGACUGAGGAAGAUGAAGUUCCUAUAAAUAUGUCUACAGGUGAAUUCACAAGCAUUCAUUCAAGAGAAAAUAUGUUUCCCUGUUCUAUAUGUGGGAAAUGUUUUAACCGUAAAGAAAAUCUUGUUGUUCAUCAGAAAAUUCAUACAGCAGAAGAAGGAUUUUCAUGUUCUGAAUGUGGAAAAUGUUUUACUUGGAAAUCAGCUCUUAUUAGACAUCAAAAAAUUCAUACAGGAGAAACACCAUUUUCCUGUUCUAUAUGUGGGAAAUGUUUUAACCGUAAAGGUAAUCUUCUUGAUCAUCAGAAAAUUCAUACAGGAGAAAAGGGAUUUUUAUGUUCUGAAUGUGGGAAAUGUUUUCUCAGCAAAUCACAUCUUUAUAGACAUCUGAAAAUUCACACAGGAGAAAAUACAUUUUCCUGUUCUAUAUGUGGGAAAUGUUUUAAUCGUGAAGGAAAUCUUGUUGCUCAUGAGAAAUUUCAUACAGAAAAAAAGGGAUUUUUAUGUUCUGAAUGUGGGAAAUGUUUUCUCAACAAACCACAUCUUUAUAGACAUCUAAAAAUUCAUACAGGAAAAAUGCCAUUUUCCUGUUCUAUAUGUGGGAAAUGUUUUAACCGUAAAGAACAUCUUGUUAAUCAUGAGAAAAUUCACACAGGAGAAAAAAGAUUUUCAUGUUCUGAAUGUGGGAAAUGUUUUACUCUGAAAUCAAGUCUUAUGAGACAUCAGAAAAUUCAUAUCAAAGGAAAUCAAGAAAAUUAAAGCUUAACCUCUUAAGUGCAGAGGGACAUGUAGUUGUCACCCACACAAUACCUAGUGCUGAUAAUGACUACAUGUUGUCCUCCGAGGGGCACUUUUGGAGUUGAGGCACCUUCUGCACCUCAAGCGGUUACCAGGUGGCCCAGUGUAUUCAUUAUCCCCAGGGUCCCCUAUAUAGGUUUGAAAUUGUUUUACAAAAAUAAAACCUGAUUUAAGGCCAGUGGUGGGCCAUUGAACAGAGGGCCCUGGUGCAAAAAAACUUUUUGGGCUCCCCAAGACAUCCUGCACUUGCAUAAAAGCAUAUCACAAGUUUAGGGUGAGAUAUGUAUGUAUAUAUGUAUAAAGACAGCAUUAUAUUAAUGUAUAAAACCAUGUGCACUUCACAUCUAUAUCUGUUGCUUUUGAUUUUUUUUAUUUAUUUAAUGUGCCAGAGAAAUAAGUAAAUAAAUUGGAACAUAUUUGAUCAA